GCGGGUCCGGCCGCCGCCCGAGCAUGGACGACCCGGACUGCGACUCGACCUGGGAGGAGGACGAGGAGGAGGACGGCGAGGGCCCGAGCGCUGGGGGCGGCGAGGAUGGCGAGGCCGGCGCCCCGGGGGACGCGGACGCGGAGGACGAGGACGACGACGAGGAGGACGCGCGGGCGGCGCGGCCCGGAGCGCUCCAGGCCAGGCUGCUGGGGUCCCGAAACUGGCGAGCCGUGCGGGACACCCGCAGAUAUCGGCACCACUACCCGGAUUUGAUAGAACAAGCUGGCAAUGGUGACAUGCCAAACCUGAGUUUCUACAGAAACGAGAUCCGCUUCCUGCCCAAUGGCUGUUUCAUUGAAGACAUUCUUCAGAACUGGAGGGAGGACUAUGACCUCCUGGAAGAGAAUCACUCCUACAUCCAGUGGCUCUUCCCGCUGCGCGAACCUGGAGUGAACUGGCACGCCAAGCCCCUCACGCUCCAGGAGGUUGAGGCAUUUAAAAGCUCUGAGGAAGUCAGGGAGCGGUUUGUCCAGGCCUACGAGCUCAUGCUGGGGUUCUACGGGAUCCAGCUGGAGGACCGAGACACUGGGCAGGUGCGCCGAGCACACAACUACCAGAAGCGCUUCCAGAACCUCAACUGGCAAGGCGCUCUGGCGGGGGACCAGGAGGGGGAGGCGGGGGGCCGCGGAGAGGAGGGCCCGGAGCCCCCGAGCCCCAAGGAGAGCAAGAAGAGGAAGUUGGAGGCCAACCGGCGGGAGCAGGCCCCAGGGGAGCCGGGCGCCCAGAGCGCCUCGGACGUGGAGAAGAUUGCUCUGAACCUGGAGGGCUGCGCCCUCAGCCACGGCAGCCUCGGCCGGGGGUCCCAGGAAUUGGGCAUCCAGGCCCCGGGGGAGGCCGAGCAGCCCUGCCCCCAGCCCCCAGGGGCCAAGGUGGCCGAAGAGAUGAGGAAGAGAAGGAAGGUGGACCAGGGCCCCUGGGACGGUGCCUCGGUGGGUGGCACUGGUGGAGACGGUGGGACCAAGAAGCCAGCCCCCGCCCGGCACCCUGCCGCGCCGGGCUGCCCUGAGGCCAGAGAGGGUGAGGAUGGGGUGGAGGAGGCGGAAGGCUGGGCAGGGCUGGAGCAGGCUGCUCCCGGGGGCUCAGCCGCGGCAGCACCACCGGUAGAUGAGGAAGCUGAGGUAGGGCCUUAGGCUAAACCCAGAGAGCCUUCAGGGAAGCCACAGGUCUGGGGAGCCCCGUUGCCGGCUGUUGUCAGCUCCGUGCGGUUCCGGCCCCUCCCUGAGGGCCCCUCCCUGGUGGCCGCCGCAGCUGCCGGAAGCCAGGAACUUCGGAAUCCUUACCUCGAACUCACGCCCCACCGCCUCCUCUGUGCCGCGCCCCCCGCCCCGCCGCGCCCCGCCCCGCCCCCUGCCCGUCUUCGUAAAUUGGCCCUUAGGGGUUGGGGGUGGGAGUGGGGUUCAUUUUCUUAGUCUGGUGCCAAGGCCUUUUCUGAAUAAACUGAUUUGACUUUGA